UUACUCGGCGCGAAGCUCGCCGCUUGCUUCCCCUUCGCGACGAUGAACAAGGUGCAGGAGCGCGUGCUUCCACCGGCGUUCCAGACCCACGACAACAUGAUCGUCGCAAGCCCGACGGGGUCGGGGAAGACCACGGUCAUGGAGAUCGCGCUCCUUCGCCACAUGAACAUGGUGGCGAGGAGCCCUUCGACGACGCACGGCAAGGUACUCUACCUCGCCCCCAUCAAGGCGCUACUGCAUGAGAGGUACCAUGGUCGCUCCUCCAUCAACAUGUCGUCCAUGGGCGUCGAAGGCUCGAGGACUGGGAGGCUCGCUUCGGAGGCUUUGGCGUGCAAUUUUGCGAGCUCUCGGACAACAACGACACCUCUGCCAGCGUUGCUCAUGCCGAUGUUCUUCUUAGCACGCCCGAGAAGGUAGGGUUCUGCAGGGCACUACGUUUUUAUGUCCUUGAACGCAGUGGGACGCAUUUACCCGGCAUUCUAAGGAAGCCUUGAACUGUGUCAGCCUGCUCAUGGUCGAUGAAAUCCACAAUGUUGCCGACGCUUCCCGCGGGGCGACGCUCGAGGCUCUCGUGACGCGCAUGCUGCAUGCGUCGUCGCUGUGCCAGCUUCAUGGAAACAAGCAGUCCGCACCGAUUUCCAGUUUGCGCAUCAUUGCACUCUCCGCAACGUGCCCCAACGUUCUCGACUUCGGCGUUUGGCUCCGCUGCCCGCGAAACAUGAUCUUUGAGUUUGGCGCUUACUAUCGACCAGUUCCCCUGAAAACUCACGUCGUCGGAAUCAACUGCUACGGCAAGCCGUUCAUGCUGGACAAGUACAUGGAUGACCAAGUACCUCGCCUCGUCAAGCAGUACUCGAAUGGCAGACCAUCCCUCAUCUUCUGCUCGUCCCGCAAGUCGGCGUGUGCCCUUGCAACAAAACUGGCCAGCGAGAACACGACAAUCAUGCGCCCAUCCAUCAAGCAGCCCGCGCAUCUCGUGAUCAUCAAGUCGACCCAAAUGUACCAAGGCGGUACCAGCGGAUAUCAAGAGUACACCCAAGCCAGCAUCGUGCAGAUGCUCGGUCGCGCUGGGCGCCCUCGCUUCGACACGUCUGGCACUGCUGUCAUCAUGACAACUUCACAGAAGCAGCACUACUACGAGGCGAUGCUCAAGCAUCCCGACACAUCACCGCUGGAGAGCUCGCUGCUGCCGGUGCUCGCAGACGUACUCAAUUGUGAGAUUGCGCUUGAGACGGUCUCAGAUGCGUCGCAAGCGAUCGAGUGGACAACGCGCUCAUUCAUGCACACACGGUCACAAAGCCCUCUGCCGUCGGCGUCUCAGAAGCCGCAUCCUUGCUCAAAGAUUGUGACCAUGCAAGCCAUUGCGCACCUUGCCAACUCGGGUCGUCUCGCGUACGAAGACGAUUUGUUUGCUUUCUCUUGCACCGAAGUCGGGCAUAUCCAGAGCUUGCAGUGCUUGAAACACGACUCAAUGUCCGCCAUCAUUUCAGCUUUCGACGAGCCGGUGUCAACGACGAAGCUCCUCGACUUGGUCGCAUCUGAGGCCCGUGUGCCUCUACGCCGCGGCGAGAAGACGCUUUUGACGCGUAUGAAUGACACGCGGCUCCGGUUCCGCCUCAUUGGCGCCAACGGCAAGCCGGCGAUUCAGGACGACGUGAUGAAGACCAACCUGCUUCUGCAAGCUUGCCUCGGCCACAUCGACGUCGGUGACGACGUACUCGUCAUGGAAACCCAAGCGUCGCUCGAGACUGCUGAGCGCGUAGCGCACGCUGCGCUCGACUACGCCUUUGCUCGCAGCGCGGGACGCGAGUCGCUCACUUGCUACCUGCUGUGGCGCUCUCUGCGCCUUCGCUUGUGGGAAGAUGCGUCCGGCUGCCUCGGGCUCCAGCAGCUGGAUGUCGUUUCUGCCUCCGAUGCCAAGCGCCUCGACAUUUGUGGCGUACACAACCUGCGCCAACUGCAGCAAGCGUCGGUCGGGUCAGUCCAAAACUUCCUCGGCUGUUCGACCGAGCAUGCGAUCAACAUCUACGAGGCUGCAGCGGCCAUUUCAAGCUUCCGCUUGCGCCUCGCCUUUCACGUGGGCAACGCGGUUGGCGGUGGCCCGGCGGGCUCACUCGAAGUCGUUGUCGAGCCAGAGCCCAGCGGGCGCGCCGUGCACAACCUCACGCAGAAGCGCGAUGCUUAUGACCUUUUUGUGCUCUGCGAGAGCACGCUACUCCUCUUGGAGCCUUCCAUUGGGGCACCGACGUCGUUUGUCGUGCACUUGACGGACGAGACGAAGACUGCUACGCUGUCCGCCCACCUCCUCCAUGCCAGUCUCAUCGGCAUGGACGUCAACGUCGAGUGGCGCCACGCCAAGACCGUUGUCAAGAAGAAGGUCUAUCAGUCCACGAUCCCGCAGAACUUUCUCCGCGACAGCGUCAUGGCCAAGCCAGCGAUCCGUUGCGAGCCGACUUCGCCUCCUCGCGCACAGGAGCCCGCAUCGGCGCCCCUGGACUUGAGCCGGUUCAAGUUCUCGGCGACGGCACCUACGCAACACCCUACUCCAAAGGUGUCGCCGAGCGCUGCCAAGACUUCGGUCCCCAUCGUUCACGUCAUCCCACCCGAGCCCACCAACCGCCGUGGCAAGAAGCGCCGGUUCCAGGCCUACGACCAUAGCGAGCUCAGCGCGCUCGAACUCGAGUUUAUCAAUGACAUCUACUAAGACGAUGUGCGAUGCGAUAUGUUUUGGUGAAC